UCUGAAUUGAGGCUCAUUGUUGACAGUUGUCUUUCACUUGUAUAGGCCUACAAACACAUACGUAUAAACAAUUAUGGGAAAGGUUGUCGGAAAUGUGUCGCUACUCGUGUUGUUGAUUCUCUUUAUAUCAACAGAAUCGUCAAAAAUAAUUCGAGAAAAGCGUCAAUCCGACGAUCUCCUUAUUGGAGCAUGGAAUAUACAGACCUUUGGAGUAACCAAAAUGAGCAGACCUGAAGUUGUCGUAUCACUAGUUGCGGUAAUCCUGAGGUACGACGUGUUGCUCAUUCAGGAAAUCAGGGAUGCCUCAUUUACAGCAAUUUUCCAACUCUUAGAUGAAGUAAAUAGGAAUGAUCCCACGGGAGACGAGUGGGCAAUGGAACUAAGCGAUCGUCUUGGAAGAUCGACCUCUAAAGAACAAUACGCCUAUUUUUACAGAGUGAGUCUGGUGUCCAUCGAUGGGGACGACCAAUACCCGGAAUCGAGAGAUGAGUUUGAACGUCCACCGUACACUGUUCGUCUUCGAACGUCAACAUCUGCUGGAACAUUUUCUUUCGGAGGUAUUCAUGUAAAGCCUGGUGAUGCAGUAGCCGAGAUCGAUGGCCUGGCUGAUGUAUAUGACCACGUUGUUGGCGUCACAGGAGACUCGAAUGUCCUUCUUGGAGGAGACUUUAACGCUGGCUGUAGCUAUGUCCGACCUGGAGAUUGGGAAUUCAUUCGUUUACGUACUCAAUCGCGAUUCACAUGGCUUAUUGGCGAUGAUGCCGACACAAAUGUUGCCCAGGGAAGUCAAUGUGCCUAUGACAGAUUAGUGGUAUCUGGGAGUAGAUUACUUGGAGCCGUUAGAUCUGCGAAUGUUUAUAGGUUUGACGAUGCCUUAGGCCUGAGCAAUAGCGAGGCAAUGGCGGUCAGUGACCAUUAUCCCGUAGAGAUGGAAAUUGUGUAGGCCUGAUGAAGGAAGUAGACAAAUAUAGAAUUCAUGUUUA